AUGCAGGGCUUUGCAUCCUACCCUGCUGCUCUUGGGAGCAGCAAAUGGAUCCCGAGCUGCCUAGUUAAGCACCGAUAUGACGAUGGCAUCCAUGUCCGAACUUCCACGAGACCUUCUUCGCAGCAAGAAGCCAAAUUCCGUGACUUUGUAAAGAAGAGUAAAGCUGAGCUGAGAAAUGUAUUCUCUACGAAUGAAAAGAAAAAGUCCGAGGCGGGCGUAGACGAACUACCAAACACACACGACAAUCUCCCAGAGAGAAAGAAUAACAAAUCAACCUGGGAAAAACUAUUCGACACUAAGUCGGGAAACAAACUCCACAAGCGAACAAAGUCCACACCUGGUAACACUCACGUCCCGCAUCAGCUUGAUCCCAUUAUCGAAGUCGGUGAAAGUGGCGAGACACAAGCCAACCUCACCUCUUCCAACACCUCAUCGCGAAAGCCUGUUGGUGAGAACCCUCAGUGCUCUACUAAUCGUCAGGCGAAUGGCGACGACGUGUCUAUUUUGACAACAUGCACAGCUAUCAUACAGCAAGCCAACCUUCAGGGCGUCUCUGAGGGAAACACCCGUGAUGCCGUUAUCAACGAUGAAAUCGCAGCGAUCGACGGGCAAAACUGUACAUCCAACCCAUCCACGCAUCUCAGCAGUGGAAACUCAAACACUACUGAAGACGAAUAUCCUUCCAAAGAAGAAAGCGACAACACAUCAGAUGGCUAUGGAGCUUCACUGGCACGUUGCGAGCUUCUCACAUCUCAAAGAGAACCCAUUGUUGCUCUACAGAAAGAGAUUACUCUACAGACAGAGAUUGCUCAUGUUCGACAGGAAGAGAUGAACAACAAACUCACGAGUAAAUCAUCGUCAAAAUUCUCAUUGAGAUCCGUCUUGAGUGUGUUCAUGGGUAGCGACAAGUUUGACGAAGAAGCAAAAUCCAAGAGUGAUGGGAACAGAAAAUUGAAACGCAAGGGCCGAUUAUCUCCUCGAUUGAAAACAUUGUUGAUUGGAAAGACCAAGUCGGAGUCUUCUACCAAGAACCAUUCCCAAUCAUCAUCGCAAGAUCUCGACCAGAGUGAUGGCCAACUUGCCAAUCAAACCGUCAAGCAGGAUGAAACAUUCAAGGGCCUCGAUUGGGAGCUCCCAGUCGGGAAAAAUGAAAUGGGCCAGCUUAUUCGAGAGUUCUCUGGCGACCUCAACACUUUCACGCAGGAUCCGGCUUAUAAGACCCUUGUAUCCCCAAAGGCUCCGAGCCUCCAGUCAUAUCCAUCAGAGUUUGAUCUUUCCAUGGACCACAAUCUCCUCCCUCGACCUGCGAUGACCCCGACCUUAUAUUUCCAUGCUCAAGGCCAUGACCAUCAGGAGGACGAUGAGUCUAUGAGCCACGACACUCUGGUUGCUAAGGCAGUUCACAUUGAGAACAAAAAGGCGCGGCUUGUAGAAAUCAAGACUGGAUCUGACCGAACUGUGAACCAAGGUACUCGCGCCGAAGCAAACCAGAAUCAAGUUCAGCAAGAAGUAGGUCAAUCAGGCAACGAACCAGUCGACCGUGAUACAACCAACGAUGUGCACCCACCGCGGACCUGGCAGCACGGAGGAGAGCCUAUAGAGGUCGAGACUGUUGAAGAGUACUUCGCCGACACUGAUGACAUGGUAUCCGAAUUACAGGGAUUCGAGGAUGAAGCACUUCCAGAGGAUACUACUCCGGGAAAACCAGCCACGGAGGCUUUGAUGAAGAACCACGAGGUAGAGAGGCUUUCCGACUUUUUCGCAACCCUCCAGAACGUCCGGAACGAAAGCCCUGAGCGAUUGAUCGCUGCUCGCGAUUCUAGAGCUGUGAUCACUUGGCGAGAUGAAAUUGCCGAGUUGACCUCGAACGGCGAGAUGAUUCGUGACGACGAAGCAGAACAGCUGUACCAACAAGCUCCUUCAGCUGCUGGGAGUGACGGAGCAUUGUCUGUUAUGACUUGCAAGCCUAGCCGAGCUGAACUCGAAGACGCCCUCGCGCACCCAGAAGCGCCCGUUAUCCAGGGCUAUGAACCACGAAUGGCCCUCGACGAAUGCGAUCGUAUCCAGAUAUCUAUUCACAUAGAUUCCUUGGCAAAGGCCAAAUACACUUCUCAGAUCCAACCGGCUAUGUCCCGAAAUGAAAUCAUCUUGGACGAGUGGGAUCGAGCAGAUGCCGUGGCCUCUAUACACAAACGCAACCAGCAGCGAAAGCUGAAGCAGGAACACGAACAGAGCGAGGAGGCCGCUCAUCGCCGACGACUCAAGAUUUACCGAUCUGUGGAAAAGCAUAUCGUUGAGGGCGGGCGCGUUGCAGUCCGACUCAAUCGUGAGGCAAGCGACGCCUUUCGAAUGUGCGAGUACCUGGAUAGCGAUUAUGAAAGGAUGAAGGGAGAUAUUCUCCGCUAUUCCGAAUCUUGUGGCCAUGAGCCCCUGGACAACCUGCAACAUGCGGUCGCUCUCAUCCGGAAAACGGAGCAGGAAGAAGGAAUCACGUACCGCAAGUAUGAGCUGUUCGAACCUGUCGACCUUGAGAGCCCCGAAUCCGUGGUAGCCGCCCACCAUGGCCGCGAUUAUCAUGACAUCGCUGCUGACCAUGUCGACAAGACUGUCGAUCCCACCAACGAGUUUUUCUAG